UACUGGGUGUGUCGGGAGUGUUUUGGAACUCCGCCGUGGUCUUGUUUUAAGUGGUUUUGGUGCACUCACUAGGCCUUCUGCCAUGCCUUACAAGUGUUGCGUUCCUUUAUGUAAAGGGAAUUACAAAAGUGGGCCAAAGGUGUGCUUAUUUUCAUUCCCAAAAGAAGAGAAGCUUGCGCGGUCUUGGCUUCAUGCUAUCAAGCAAGCAGACCACCCCAACCAAAAGCACCAAGGCCAGGAUGAAGGCAGUAUUUUCGAAGUUGUUUGGAAAAAGAGAAAGCUCCAUUAUAGAUGAGGUGGAAAUAUCCACUCCUAAUGAGGUUCAACACAAUGUGCAUGUCACAUAUAAUAAGGAGACACAGUCUUUUGAGGGCAUUCCUGAAGCAUGGAAGAAAUUAAUUGGCACUGCUAUCAGUGAGGAUGAGAUGGUGAACAACCCAGAAGCAGCCAUAUCUGCAGCAAAAUAUCUUAAAUAUUCUAUUAAGCGAAAAGAAACUGCAAUAAAGAUAAUACCUACAGCUGAAGUUAUUUUAGAAGAAACUGAGGCUAUAGAAAACAUCUUUGAAAAUGGAAAGGACACUGAUGAGCCAAAUGAAGACAAUAAUCAAGUUAUUGGUGCACCAUCAGCCCACAUCAUGCACAAAGAUCCACCAAAAAUUCCUGAUGGAGAAAAUAAGGAAAGUCCUGUGCCGGUUCGAAGACGAAAAGAAAAUAUGAGUGACGAAACACUAAUGGAAAAAUUCAGGGAACAAUGUUCUCCAAAGAAUCCAGAAUUGCUUUAUGAACGAGAUCAUGAGCUUGGUGCUGGAGCAUCUGGCACAGUCUUCAUUGCAAAAGAGAAGGCCACAGGUCACAGUGUUGCCAUAAAAGAUAUCAAUCUCAACAAGCAACCCAAAAAAGAACUUAUUCUUAAUGAAAUAGAAGUCAUGAAGAAUAUAAAUCACGAAAAUCUUGUGAACUUUCUUGAUGCUUUUCUACUAAAUGAUCAUUUAUGGGUUGUGAUGGAACUCCUUGAUGGUGGAGCUUUGACUGAUGUUGUCACAGAAACAGUCAUGAAGGAGAGUCAGAUUGCUGCUGUUUGUCACCACACACUGAAGGGAAUAAAAUAUCUACAUGACAGAGGAAUAAUCCACAGAGAUAUUAAGUCAGACAAUAUUCUUCUUGGCAAGGACGGAUCUGUGAAAGUAACAGAUUUUGGUUUUUGUGCCAACAUUUCCGGUGAUGAGAAGCGCCAGACAAUGGUUGGGACUCCAUACUGGAUGGCUCCAGAGGUUGUAAAUCGAAAGCAGUAUGGGAAAAAAGUUGACAUCUGGUCUCUUGGUAUAAUGGCAAUAGAAAUGGUUGAAGGAGAGCCACCUUACUUAAAAGAAACUCCACUCCGUGCCCUGUAUCUUAUUGCAGCCAAUGGAAAGCCAGAAAUCCCAUCGUGGAGUAAAUUAAGUUCAGAAUUUCAGGAUUUUCUCAACCAGUGUCUUCAAGUUGAUAUGGAUCAGAGGGCAUCAGCUGAACAACUGCUAAAACAUGAGUUCCUCUCAAAGGCCAUCUCCACUGUUACACUAAAACCUCUCAUUGAAGCAGCUCGGAAAAAUCUUGGUAAAAGAAUUAGUCAUGAAAUAUAAUGAAUAGAAAUUAACAGAUCUGA